AUGUCGACAAUACAGAAGCCAUACUCAGGACAUCCUUCAUCAUCCCACUCCUCCACCACACCGCCCUAUCUACCUUCCUCCUCCUCAACAGUACCCUCUUCCUCCACCCCAACGAUCGACGCAGCGGCAAUCAACGGCAUCGUCCCCGGCGCAAAGCCCGAUUCCUCCAUCAUGUUCUGCGUCGUCUGCGCAUCCAAUCAGAACCGAUCUAUGGCAGCCCACUCACUCCUAGCGCAAUCUGGAUUCAACGUCACCUCAGCCGGCACCGGAUCCGCCGUUCGACUUCCAGGGCCCAAAAUCAACCUUCCUAACAUCUACCCCUUCGGCACAGCCUACACUGACAUCAUUGAAGAUCUUAACAACAAAGAUCCCCGUCUAUAUUGGGCAAAUGGACUAAUGACAAUGUUGAAUAGGAACAAAGAUGUCAAACGAGCACCUGAAAGAUGGCAGGAAACAAAGUACACAGCAGAUAUCGUCAUCACGUGCGAGGAAAGAUGCUUCGAUGCGGUUUGUGAGGACCUGUUUAACAGGGGAGGAGAGCUGAAUAGGCCAGUUCAUGUGAUCAACGUGGAGAUCAAGGAUAAUCAUGAGGAAGCUGUGGCCGCGGGCAAGGCAAUUCUGGAUUUGGCGAAUGCUAUUGCAGGUUCACAAGAUAUCGAUACGGAAAUGGACCAGAUCUUGGAACAACAUCAACAGGCAUAUCCACAUGCGAUUCUUCAUACUGUGGCGUAUUACUAA